AUGCACACCUUGCAGCGGUAUUUAAAAGAUGCGCUAGAUCCGGCAGUGGAAAAGCGGCGGCUCAUGGCAGCCAAUAAGUUGUUCCAGACCACGUUUGGCAUGCAGGGGCGCGACUGUAAUGUGCUCCUCAAUAGAAUGGGCUUCACCUUCGUACCGCAGCACGGCGAUGACGAGGCGCGAUGGAACCUUCCGAACCCUCCCCCAAUUGAAGAUCGAUUAGGUGCCGAUGGCAGCAGCCCCCGCGAGAUUCUGGAAGAUAUCGAAGCGGAGGCAGUCGUGUACGUGGGGAAGCUGUCACUUGCCGCUGGUGAGAGUAACCCUGUUGCAGCACGUGGAGGAGCGACGUUAGCGUUGGCAAACCGCGAGGUGGAGCGGGUUCUGGGCGCACAAGACUAUCCCACGUUCUUGUCACUCAAACGCCCACAGCCAAACGAUCUUCGCCCGUAUUUCGCGUCACUCGGCGCACUACCCAACUUCACCGACACACUCCUGGAAUACGCAUUUGAUCGUCAAUUCGACUGCGAUCCAGCCUUCAGUGCGUACUACCUAGAGUGUCUGCAGGCCAUAUCUGAGGAACGCGGCACGGAGCAGCUUCAAAUCAAGGUCGCGGUGCUGCAGUCUCAGGACUUGGUCAGUCGACGAGACUUGCGAGCGGCAUAUCGCUUUCUGGACGUCAAGCAAGAGGACACUGACGAGCAAAUUGUCAACAAAUUCAACGUUAGACAAUCGAACUGUGGCACGCAAAUUCAGGAGGAGAACAGACAAGCUCUGGGGAAGAUUGGCAUAGCGCGUCAGAGUCCGAGGCUCAACAAGGCUGCAAGGCAGGAGCUGGAAACAUACGACGACGCGUUAAGCUGGGUGGGUGUUAGUAGGGAUACGGAGACUGACUUCGUACUAUCCAUGUUGGUACAAAAGGCCGACGAAAGUCGUUCCGACGCGGAAAUGGCCAAGAAGGCUGCGUCGAUCAUCGCAAAGGAGCGCGGCGAGAGCGGUGUUAUCCAUAACUGGCUAGCAGGAAAUGCCACAGGAACGUCUUCGAUGGGCGUUGACGAAGCAUUGCGCGUUCUGAAUAUUGAGGUGGCCCUCAAAUCCAUCGACCAGGCCACCCUUCAAGUGAUCUUCGAUUCUGCAAGAAGCGACAAGCCUGGCGCGCACACUGACAAUGCAAUCAGCGCAAUCGAGAAGCAUCUGGCAGCUGAAUCAUCCCGUCCGCCAGAGCUGUGGCCAGUGGGCCUCACAAGUCAUGGGAACACUUGCUACCUCAAUAGCUUGCUUCAAUACUACUUCAGUAUCAAGCCGCUGCGAGAGAUUGUCCUGGACUACGAUCAGUAUAAGCUGGACACAGCUGCGCAUUCGGAAAAGAUGGAGCGUGUUGGACAGCGCAUCAUCACGACUGUGGAAAUUCAAGGCGGCCAGAAAUUCGCAGAUGAUUUGAAGUACCUCUUCGAGCGCAUGAUCAAGGACCGCCAAUCACACAUCAAACCGGAAGAGGACCUCGUGUGUAGAGCAUUUCUUGAACCCAAGGACUACGCGUUGUUGACAUCGGAGGUACGCGGAGACAAGGGAAAUGGUGCCAAACCGAAGGACACGGCCAUGGAGGUAGAUGAAAUCACAGACAAGGUCACCGCGGAAGACACCCCACAGUCUGGUGCCAGUAGCGUAACACUUGCUGAGGAAGACACCGCAAUGAAGGACCAUGACUCACCACCGACGCCGCCUGGAUCACCAGCACAGAACGCGACCAAGGGUGACAAUCCAGAACCGACGGAGCCUCCACCGCUUCCACCGCGACGGUUCUCCACCACCAAGGAACAAGCGCUUCUCAAGGCGGAGCAGAACGCCCGGCAGCAACAGGACGUGACGGAGGUGCAUGACGGCGCCAUGUUCCGUCUCAGAUCAGGCAUGAUCGCCAAGGGCAUGGACGACCGCGGCGAACAACAAGACCAGCUCAGAGACAUUUUUGAAAUCAGUCUGAGGGCGACUACUGUUCAGGAGGAUGGCAGCGAAACUUCAAAGAUGGAAGCUAGCUCCAGCAUUACCACUGAUGUUCCGAAUGAGUCCACCGACGUCUACGCACUACUAGAUAAGUUCUUCGACGAGCAGGACAUCCCGGGAACGAACAAGACGACCUAUAAGACGAUCGAUACAGCACCUCCCUUGCUGCAGAUUGCAAUUCCCCGCAUUGGAUACGACAGUAAAAGGGGCGCCUUCAAGUCGGAAGAGCUCGUUCUAUUGCACGACGAGGUGUACUUGGAUCGGUACAUGGACGUCGCUGGGGUGUUGCCAAGACGUAGAACGUGUUGGGGUUGGCGAAAGCAAUUGAAGGCGUGGAAGCGAGAGCGCAACUAUCUUUCCAAAACAACUAUUGAGCAGGAUGGGCCCACGGUCCUCUCCGAGUGUGCAAACUUGCUGAGAGAGUUGGGAUCUAUCAGUGACGAGCUUGAAGACGUCGGUAUGGGAGAAGGCAUCGAUGUCGAACCUGAUCUUCCCGAUGAAGUCGAAUCUGAAGCUGCGAGCGCCCGCUCUCGUGUUACGAAACUUCAGCAACAAAUUGACGAGCUUCAAGCCAGCUUCAACGAACAAUUUGGCGAUAUGAAGGAAGUGAAGUACGAGCUCGCAGCUGUAUUCAUUCAUCGCGGCGGCAACAGCAGUGGGCAUUACUGGAUUUACAUUCGCGACUUCCAUAAGAAUUGCUGGAGGAGUUACAACGACGAGACAGUCACGGAACUUUCACAUGAAGAACUCCACGCAGCAACAAGGGAAGCCAAAUACAGCAACGGAACACCAACGUACGCAGUGUACGUGCGUGAGAGUGAAAAAGACUAUGUCCGCCCUGUCUGCCGUGCGCCGGAACCCGCACCCGAAGUCGUGUGGCAUGAUAGUUGGGCAGAAGAUGCCUCUCGAGCAACAAACGCCAGAUCCAAUGAGGGGACGGUCCAGGAGGGAGGCAAUUCGAAGUGGGAUGAGCAACGGCAAGUUCCUGCCGAUGGAUGGUAG